CGUUGCUCGCCGCUCAUGUGCAGGACUUUACUCCGUGUGCACUAUCUACUACCGUUUUUCUUGCUUCUGACAUUAAACAUGAAAUGACUGAAUGGCGGGUGUCGUAAGUCAGGCGAAUGAAGGCGAUCUGCAGGCCCAAAUCGAAGAGGUGGAGGCUUUGUCCUCCAUCUACGGUGAUGAGUGGUGUGUGAUUGAUGAAGCAUCCAUGAUAUUUUGCAUCAAAAUAUCCAGCAGCUCAGACGAGCCAAAACUCACAGUGUGUUUACAGAUAAUUCUUCCAAAUGGUUAUCCAAGCACAGCUCCACCCAUCUACCAGAUCAAUGCAGCGUGGUUGCGAGGCCCUGAGAGGGCCAAAUUGGCAAACAGCCUUGAAGACCUUUAUGUGGAACACGCAGGGGAGAGCAUCCUCUACCUAUGGGUGGAACAAAUUAGAGAUUUUCUUGUGGAGAAAUCCCAGAGUUCUGAUGCAGUUCCUCAGCCAGAAAAAAGGAACAUGACAGCCGAAGAAGAAGUGGAUGAUGAUGAAGACAUACCGGAUUUGAGGACUCUUAAACUGAACACAGAUAAUGAGCAUCUCUUCCUGAGUCAGUCCGACGAUGACGAGCUACCUCCAAUAAAACAUGGAAAUGCCAUAACGGACCGUCGCAGUACUUUCCAGCCUCAUUUGGCUCCUGUGGUAACGCCCAGACAGGUUAAAAUGGUUUUGGAGAAGCUUUAUGAAAACAAGAAAUUUGCAAGUGCCACUCAUAAUAUUUAUGCAUUCAGGAUUUACUGUGAGGACAAGCAGAGCUUCCUGCAUGACUGUGAGGACGAUGGAGAAACGGCCGCCGGGGGGAGAUUGCUCCAUUUACUGCAGAUUCUGGAUGUGCGUAAUGUCAUGGUGGUGGUCUCCCGUUGGUAUGGAGGUAUUUUGUUGGGUCCUGACCGCUUCAAACACAUCAACAACUGUGCCAGAAACAUCCUGGUGGAGGAGGGAUACGUUGGCUCUACGGAUGAAGCCUCCAACACCCGGGUGAAGACCAAAAGGCCAAAAGGCAAGAAGACGAAGUGAUCGAUUUUUUUCACAGAUUAUCAAGAAUGUUUUAUGGUUAAAUAAUUAAAAACUUGCUGUAACAAAGGUUCCCCCCAAUCAGAAAAAGAAUAAAUACUUUUUUGAAAUUCUAAAUAAAUGAUUGUGAUAAUA